CUUGACGUACUUCUGUCAAAGAGUCACUGUUCGGGCGUCGCUUAAUCUCAAAUUAUAAUAAGUGGUUAUCUGAAGAGCACACGGUCCUUAAUUGAAAGUCUUAUCUGCUGGCGCUGGCAAAAUUUUGGAAUGGCGAAUUAAUUUAAACGGUCCGCGAUAAAGGUCGAUGUAAACAGUUCCGCGAAAACUAUGAUAGCGAACGGACAGCAAACAAAGUCGCUGGCCAGUGGGCUCCUUCUCCUACUGGGCAUAUGCCGAAUAUCCGGAGUGGCUAUCGGCGCACCUGAGGGGCGUGUAGUGGGCGGAUCUCCGGCGGCGGUGAAUAGUGCUCCCUAUGCGGUGUCCAUGCAGUACGGUGGCACCCACUACUGUGCCGCCAGCAUUCUGAAUGCCAACUGGCUGGUUACCGCCGCCCACUGCCUGACCAAUAGUAACCAGGUGCUGGGCAGCACCCUGGUGGCCGGAAGCAUCGCGGUGGCCGGAACUGCAAGCACUACGCAGACGCGCAGCAUCACGUACUUUGUGAUCAAUGACUUGUACACCGGCGGAACUGUGCCCUAUGACAUCGGAAUGAUCUACACGCCCACCGCCUUCGUUUGGAGCGCCGCCGUGGCUCCAGUGACGCUGCCAUCCUCGGGAGUGGUGCCCACUGGCACCGCCAAUCUGUACGGAUGGGGCAGCACCAGCACCACGAAUACCGCCUCCUAUCCGUCGACCCUGCAGGUGGCCACCAAUGUGCCCAUCAUCUCGCUGAGCUCCUGCGAAAGCGCCCUGGGCACCAAGGGCAGCGAUGUCCACUCGACCAAUCUGUGCACUGGUCCUCUGACCGGUGGCGUUAGCAUUUGCACCUCGGAUUCGGGCGGACCACUGGUCCAGGGCAAUGUCCUAAUUGGCAUCGUGUCCUGGGGCAAGUUACCUUGUGGCCAGGCCAACUCACCGUCGGUUUACGUGCAGGUCUCGUCGUUUAUUUCCUGGAUAUCGGCUAACCAGCAGGUGCCCUAGAUAGUCGAGUUUUGUCCCUAUUUUUUCAAUAAAAGCAAUCAAAGGUGUGUCCCUAGUGGCGGUCACUUAAA